AGACUAGCGAACCGAUAGGUACUGCACGCGGGUCCUGUUGCACGAUUCAUCACCUCAUCUCCCCGUUCUAGUUUAGCCUCACACCCUACCAUGCGCAUUUCCAUCCCCAAGAGUAUCAAUUUACACCCACACCCACCCCCCUUUUCUAAAAGAAAUGACCACGAUGUCUGUAAGCGCGUGGCGAGUUAGCAGAAACCGCUAGCUAGCCAGCUCCGCUACCCGCCUGCCUCCUCUCCCCGCCACGCAAAAGAGUCGCUUAGAGGCUCGCGGAACACCAGGCGGCACAGACCUACGCGAGCUCAACCACAUACGCAAAAAAACAAAAACAAAACCUCAACAAAAAACAAAAAAAACAAAAACAAAAACAAAGAAAAAAAACAGUGCCAGAUGCUCACGGAAAACGUCAUAAGUGCCGUGUUCGAGCGAAGGGCCCUGUGGGACGCGGCUCAUCCCCAGCACAAGAACGCGAUGGUGCUCAAGAGGCUGUGGCUAGACAUCGGCAGAGAGUUAAACACGUCAGAAAAAAUAGUGAGGAACAAAUGGAAGAAUGCCAGAGAUUACUACAGACGAGAGCUGAAGAAAAUGGAAGCAAGAGGACCCUCUGAAGAACUGGUAUCUAGUACUUGGCCAUAUUUCCAACAGAUGGCCUUCCUAAAGAAUGUUCUCACACCCGAGCCUAGAUUCGCGAACUUACCCCUGGAAAUAGUCGACGAGGAAGAUAUCAAGGGAAAGGAUUGUGAAGUUCGUUUUCCAACCCCUCCGUGGUCACCGUCUCCGCCAGAUAAAUCCAAUAAUAAAUCCUCUGAAGCAGUGACAUCUCAAGAAUCCAGUGAAGAACGGACCAGGCGACUUCGGAAGAGCCAGGAACGCACGAGCAAAGACACCGACGAUGUUACAGCAGGGAAGAGGAAACAAGAACUUCAGGAGGUACAAGAGGAUUCAGAAGAUGAUGACCUGCAUUUCUUCAAGAGUUUGUUGCCUUACAUGAAGAAAAUGUCGGGUAUAAAGAAGCUGCGUUUGAGGGCACAGAUAUUGGAUUUGCUCUUGUUGCAAGAAAAUGACCAGCUGGAAAACUAGAUCCAAUGCCUAUUGCAACUUUCUGUAAGACAUGAUCCCGGCGACUUACGAAUUCAUGUAAGCACCACGAAAGUCCAUUGUUUAAGCUUACAUUUAUAACAGAAUUUUCAUAAUCAUUUAGUGUUUGUUCCAAAACUAUGGGGACACAAAUAAAUACAUAGGAAAGGAUUUUACUUGUACAUGUAAAGAACAGAUACAUUGAUGUAGUAAAAGCUCCCUAGGGAUAUAAAUUAUAAGAGUGGGGAUAAUCUGUAUUACAUACAUAAAAAAAACAAAACAAAACAAAGAUUACUCUUCUUAAUAUUAUUAAAGAUGUUUUUCGAUAUGUGAAUUACACUGCACUAUUUUUGUAAUGGUUCACGUUUCUUUACAGAUUUGUUAACUGUUAAUAAAUUUUAUAUAUUUA